AUGGAGGCCAAAGGACCUAUUUCCGCUGAAAUAAUAGCCUUGCAUAAAAAAAUUGUCCUCGACCUCCCCCAUGUAUCUAUAGUCAAUUGUAUUGAAUUUUUCAAAAACAAACACGAAGCCCUUUUGGAAUAUCCACGGCCCUUGGGCCCACACAUUAAAGUUAUUGGUACACUCACUGCCCGUCCUCCAGAAAAGCUGCCAAAAGAAUUUCAGGCUUUCGUGAAUAAAAGUGAUAUAUCUUUUUUAGUGUCGUUUGGGACAAGUCUAUUUAAUUUGAGCAACUCGUUCUUGCAGACAGUUACUGAAGGACUUGGUAAUUUAUCAGUACCUAUCUUGUAGAAGAAAUCGGAAAACUUGCAUCCUUCCGUGUACCUAAAAUGUUAUCUUGUGGACUGGAUUCCACAAAAUGAUAUCUUAGGUCACGUGUCUACCAAAGUACACGUCAUGCAUUUGUGUUUAAACAGUUUUCUUGAAAGUGUUUAUCACGGUGUACCUAUAGUUGGUAUUCCCAUUUUAUUUGAUCAACCGAGACAAGUUGUUAUUGUCCAACUCAAAAGACUUGGCAAAAUCUUGGAUCGUCACACGAUGACGUCAGGAGACCUUACAGAUGCCAUUAAUGAAGUAUUGACAAAUAUGAAAUACGAAGAGAACGUCAAACUUAUUUGA